AUGGGAUCCAUCGCCUCCAACCAGUUCCCAACCCAUGCAGGCAAGACUCUUCAGACUGUCGACGCAACAGAUCCUACCAUCUCGGCCGACAAGCUCGAGGCAAUCCUCCACCGCGAUGGUGCCUUCAUAGUCAAGAAUCUUGUUCCCAAGGAGCUUUGUGAGCAAAUACGCAAAGACCUGAGACCUUCCUUCGAGACAGAUAUUGUCGACGAGUCUGGUUUCUUCCCUACCACGACCAAGCGCGCUUUCAGCAUCCUCGCCAAGUCGGAUGCGUGUAUCGAUCUUGUCGUGAACCCAUUAUUCCAGAAUCUUGCUGCAAAGAUCCUAACAAGUCACUACACAUACUGGGAAGGGCAGAAGCAGCUGACUGUUAGCGGAAAGCCCCAAAUCGCAACCGUUGUUGGCUUCCGUGUGGAACCGGGAGGCAAGCAGCAGGCUCUGCACCGCGACGAUGCAGACUAUCAUACUCGAAACUGUGAUAUGCCCGUCAUGCUUGGAUGCGUCACUGCCUUGACCAAGACAACCAAGGCAAACGGCGCCACCAUUAUCAUUCCACAAAGUCACCUCUGGGGCCCAGACCGCUGCCCUCUCGACGAAGAGGCAAUCCCGGCUGAACUGGAUGUUGGUGAUGCAGCCAUCUUCUUCGGAAACGUAUAUCACGCCGGUGGCGGCAAUGUGACCAAGGACGAGGCGCGCGAGACCAUUGGCGUUUUCAUGUGCAAGGGAACGUUGCGGCAGGAGGAGAACAUGUUUCUUGAGCUUCCACCAGAGAUGGCCAAGGAACGAAACUUUUCUCCCCAGCUGCUGCGGCUGCUUGGGUAUGGCGUCUGCGCCCCGGCGCUGGGGCUGUACAAAUACAAGGACCCCAUGGAGUCCGUGUUUGGCAUCAUUGAUGAACAUACCAUUCGAAAAUAG